AUGAACAAACUAUAUGUUGGGAAUUUAAGUCCUUCGGUCACUGUCGAGGACUUGCAGCAGCUCUUCGGGGAGAGGAAGCUGCCAGUGGCCGAGCAGGUCUUGCUGAAAUCCGGCUAUGCUUUUGUGGACUUCCCCGAUCAGAACUCGGCCAUAAAGGCGAUAGACACUCUUUCUGGUAAAGUUGAGUUGCACGGGAAGGUGAUAGAGGUAGACUACUCUGUUCCCAAAAGACUACGGAGUCGGAAGAUCCAGAUCCGGAACAUUCCCCCUCAUCUACAGUGGGAGGUUUUGGACAGCCUCCUUGCUCAGUAUGGUACUGUAGAGAACGUGGAACAAGUGAACACUGACACAGAAACAGCGGUGGUGAAUGUUACGUACGCAACCAAGGAGGAAGCUAAAGUAGCCAUUGAGAAGUUGACGGGACAACAGUUCGACGACUGCUCCUUCAAAGUGUCCUACAUCAUGGACAUGGACGCUGCUCCUCCUGUCCAGGCGGCCCGCACCCGGCGCGGUGGGCGAUCGUCCCGGGACCAGGGCCCCUGCCCCCCCGGGCCCUCGGGGGGGUAUGGCGCCCCACGUCCCCGGCAACACGACUUCCCCCUGCGCAUGCUCGUGCCUACUCAGUUUGUGGGAGCCAUCAUCGGCAAGGAGGGCCUGACCAUCAAGAAUGUCACCAAACAGACGCAGUCCAAGGUGGACAUUCACCGGAAGGAAAAUGCAGGUGCGGCAGAAAAGCCCAUUACCAUCCACUCGACACCCGAGGGCUGCUCCUCCGCCUGCCGCAUGAUCCUGGACAUCAUGCAGAAGGAGGCCAACGAGACCAAGACGACGGAGGACAUCCCUCUGAAAAUACUUGCUCACAACAGCCUGGUUGGCCGGCUGAUCGGGAAGGAGGGCCGCAACCUGAAGAAAAUCGAAGAGGAGACAGGGACCAAGCUAACCAUCUCCUCGUUACAUGAAUUAACUAUUUACAACCCUGAGAGGACCAUCACAAUUAGGGGCAGCCCGGAGGCGUGUCAUAAAGCCGAGGUCGAGAUAAUGAAGAAACUGAGGGAAGCCUACGAGAACGACGUUGCUUCUUUAAACCAACAGGCCAACCUGAUUCCAGGCUUGAACCUGAACGCUCUGGGCAUCUUCUCCUCUGGCCUGCCGAUGCUGCCCCCUGCUGCCGGACCACGCGGUGCAGUGCCCGCUGUGGCACCAGCAGGAUACAACCCAUUCUUAAGUCACUCUUCACAGUUCAGUGGCCUGUACGGGGUUCCUCCAGCAAGUGCCAUCCCCCACCAGCACUCACAACAGGCUCCAGAACAGGAGGUGGCCUACCUCUUUAUUCCAACUCAGGCAGUCGGGGCCCUGAUCGGCAAGAAGGGUCAGCACAUCAAGCAACUCGCCCACUUCGCUGGAGCUUCCAUCAAGAUUGCUCCACCCGAAACUCCUGAUGUCAUUGUUAGGAUGGUGAUCAUUACUGGAACUCCAGAGGCUCAGUUUAAGGCCCAGGGUCGGAUAUUUGGGAAGCUGAAGGAGGAGAACUUCUUCACAGCGAAGGAGGAAGUCAAGCUGGAGACUCACAUCAAGGUUCCCUCUACUGCAGCCGGCAGGGUCAUCGGGAAAGGAGGCAAGACGGUCAACGAUCUACAAAACCUAACGAGUGCGGAGGUUAUUGUGCCGCGGGACCAAACUCCAGAUGAGAACGACGAGGUCUUUGUGAAAAUCAGUGGCCAUUUCUUUGCCAGCCAGACUGCACAGAGGAAGAUCCGGGAGAUCAUACAGCAGGUCAAACAGCAGGAACAGAAACACCAGCAGGGCGCCGCUGUGUCACCGCACCACUCCAAGUGACCUGGUGGGCCGACUUCCGCGGGCGCCAGCCAAUGAAUGUAGCCCCUCCCAAAAUGGACAGAGACCUACCUAGGCUAAGGCCAAGGCCCAAGGGGGACAUGCAGGGCAGACCAGCAGCACCGGGAUCAAAACCAAAGAACUUUACUGUGGGGGAAACAAGUGAGAGCCAAAGGCUGAAGGCAUUGUGUGUGCACUGCCAGCCCUGUGAGCGCAGAUAGAGGAGGAGAAACCAUACUGAUAUAACACACAAAAAAAUUAAAAAAGGCCAAAAAAAGAAAGAAUCUGCAAGAGAUGGAAAGUGGCAGAGAAUUGGAACUGAGCUGUUGUCUUCACAUUAAAACAAGUCAACAGGAAAUAGUACAUCGCCCUGCAUAACGUUAUCUCUUUAGUUGGACUAACAUAGGCCUAACAAACGGAUAAAGCAACUGUAUUAACACAAACGUACAAGGCAUUGUGAUUGACAUUUUUUGGGUUAGAAUGAGAGCGAGUGACAAUGGACCUUCUCUUUGAGAUAUUCAGAUUGCAAGAUUAAUUAUCCUUAGCAGUAUUAUUAAUACAGAGUAGAGAAGUAUAUUGAUGCACACUGAGGGUAAGCACUGUUAUUUUUCGACUAAAUGACAGUACAGCUUGGUGUAGUUUUUAAAUGUUUUAUCGUGCUUGUUCCAGAGAUCGAUCGGACCUUGACAGCCACUAAACAAAAAAAAACGGUUUCCCUUGUUUGUUCACACUUGAGGCCACUGAAAUCAGAAAACAAAGAAAACCCCUAUAAGUUUAAACUAAUGGUGAAUGGUUCUGAGUCUUUGUAACAAGCCUGUGUGUGUGCCAACACAAAAGAUAACGUCCCUUUGAAACGUCUCUUCCCAUUCAUAUCCGAUGCUACACAUAUUUCUUUUUUAUGUCUCUCCUCUCCGCUUCACUUUCUCAUCACUCUCUCUCAUCUGGCAUCAUGGCUUUUUAAUAGGAUUAAAAAUAUUUGUCGUCGAGGAACACCUCUUUUUCCCCCCGUAGCCUUUUGACAACAGUGACCUGACUGCCACUUUCGCUCAACAGAGGUCAGACGCCACCGAGGGUUUUUAUAAUUUUUGAACCAGUAAACUGGUAUCACUCUCCCAUUCUGUAUAGAACUAGAUUAUAUCUUCAUUAAUGCUUGCUGCCCAUAUAUAUAAAUAUAUCUAUUUAAAAAAAAAAGAAAAUCAAAAGGAUGUCUGUGAAGGCGUUGUCCUCGACGAUCAGAGUAAAAAAUGUACGUCUUAAAAGAAAAGGGUGCAAUUUAGCUUGUAAGCAGGCGACCCACGUUUUUUUUUGAAUGUGCACUGCCACACGCUCGGCCUUAUGAGGACGUCAGGAGGGUCGGCACAGGAUGUGAGCUGAGGGCCCGGGAAAAGGGGGACGAGA